GACACCGUGUGUCCCUGUGCCAGUAAUCCAUCUCCUUCCCCUGCUUCUCCAUCCGGGGGUGAAAGGGCGUAGGCUCCGGGGCGUCUUCUGAUGGUUGCUGGUCGUGUAACGGGGACGGCGGAGGGGAGGCCGUACAGCUGACGUCUGGGCGUUCUCACUAUUGCUGAGACCCAUCCUCCACCCGGAGAGCGGCGGCACCGGGAGGACAGCUGUCAGAUGGAUCUCUAGUGCAUUCACAAUGCCAGGAUUGCAUGCUGCUGGAGAGCAGAUCAGGACAUCUUAACCCACCUGGAAGAGGGCGUGGUAUAAACCUUGGAUGUCCUGAGUGUCUUGUUUCCACUAUUAAAGGCAAUCUACUUGGCUUCUGCUGUUGACAAUCUUCAGAUUUUGAAGGAAUUUUGGUUCUGUAAACUAGAAAAUAUAUAUAUAACUAUAUUCAGUGUUCCGGUCGUCUUUCCCUACUGCCUCCUGUCAUAAAAACAACCAACAUGUCUACCUCCUCGCUGCGCCGACAGAUGAAAAAUAUAGUCCACAAUUAUUCUGAAGCUGAAAUCAAAGUAAGGGAAGCUACAUCGAAUGAUCCAUGGGGUCCAUCCAGCUCUCUCAUGUCGGAGAUUGCAGAUCUCACCUACAAUGUUGUGGCAUUCUCUGAAAUUAUGAGCAUGAUAUGGAAGCGGCUUAAUGACCACGGGAAAAACUGGAGACAUGUGUAUAAAGCUAUGACGCUAAUGGAAUACUUAAUAAAGACGGGUUCUGAACGGGUUGCACAGCAGUGUAAGGAAAACAUAUAUGCCAUUCAGACCCUUAAAGAUUUCCAAUAUGUGGAUCGAGAUGGGAAGGAUCAAGGCGUGAAUGUUCGAGAGAAGGCCAAGCAGUUAGUGGCUUUGUUAAAGGAUGAUGAAAGGCUAAAGGAAGAAAGAGCACAUGCCUUAAAGACCAAGGAGAAGCUAGCACAAACGUCAACAUCAUCUUCUGCAUCAACAAUGAACCCAGCAACAGAAGCAGAGCAGGCAUGGCCUCAGAGCAGUGGCGAGGAAGAGCUGCAGCUCCAGUUAGCUCUGGCCAUGAGCAAGGAAGAAGCGGAGCAGGUAAGAGCAAAGAAUCCAGGAGCCGUACAAACUAGAAUUGCAGAGGGUCACAGACUUGGAAACAACGAACCACGGCCCCCGCCUGUGUCCGACGAAGAAUUGCAGCUUCAGCUUGCACUUAGCUUGAGCAAAGAGGAACACGACAAGGAGGAGAGAAUCAGGCGGGGCGAUGACCUCAGACUCCAGAUGGCCAUUGAAGAAAGCAGAAAGGAGGCUCCAACCAAGGAAGAGUCUUCCCUAAUGGACUUGGCAGAUGUGUUCAGCUCUCCACCUGCUGCAGCCGCUUCAUCAGAUCCAUGGGGAUCAACAGCUGCUCCUCCUUCAGACCCUUGGGCAGGGGCAGUUGCAACUUCUACAGUACCUGUCGUGUCAGACCCCUGGGGAGGCCCUCCGGUUGCCACGGGUGCAAGCACAGAUCCAUGGGGUGCUGGUGUCCAGCCUGCCAGUACAGCUAGCGACCCAUGGGCAGGGAAACCAGCAGUUUCUUCCAUCGAAGCAAAGUCUGUCUCCGAUCCGUGGAAUCCAGGGGGUGCCACAACUACUGGCGGUGUGCAGACCAAAGAUCCUUGGUCCUCAAGUCCAUCUAUGGCAGCUAAACAGACAACAGACCCUUGGGCUCCUGCUGCAACAUUUCCUGAUCCAUGGGGGGGCUCGCCUUCUAGACCAAGUACCAAUGGGACCAUAGCCAGUACCACCUUUGACCAGUUCAUCAAUUCUGCAGAUAAGGAUGAGUUUUCGGAUUUUGACAACCUGAGGACCACCCUUCCCCAGUCAGGAAGCAGUACAGGCGAGCUGGAUCUUCUGGCUGGAGAGGUUCCAAUGUCUCGCUCUCUUGGAUCAAAGAGUCCUGAUGCCUUUGACAUGGCAGCAAUGAGCAGCUCAUUUUCAGAUGGUUCCAAGCCAACCCGGAAGACACCAGAAUCCUUUCUUGGGCCCAACGCUGCCUUAGUAGACUUGGACUCCCUUAUUUCAAAACCCACAAUACAAAAUACCAAGACCUCCAAUCCCUUCCUUGUAACAGGAGCACCCAGUUCGACCACAACAAAUCCAUUCCAGAGCAACCAACAGUCAUCUCUUACUUUGAACCAACUUCGUGCCAGCCCUGUGAUGUCAAUGGGACAGCCAGUUACACCAGCUGGACAAGCGCCUGCAGCAAUUCCAUUUAGUUCCGUCUCCCCAAUGGUGUCAGUAUCCCCGUUAGCCCCAGGAAUUCCUAUAGCCAAUGUGUCACCAGUGGUUGGAAUGAGUGGCCUCCCAGCAGCGGCGGUGCCUCCUAUGAGCUUGCCUACUAUGAUGCCACCACAGCAGAUGGUGACACAGCCCAUUGUCCCCAAUCUAUCUGCACAAGCUGUGACGAGUGCUACCAAUCCUUUUCUGUUGUGAGCUGUGGAAUUGAGUUUGUAAUGGCAAUGACCGGGGGAGAUGGGUCAAAAACUGGCAUUUUCAUGCUACUACCACAGAAUGUCCCUGUCCCCUAAUACCAUCUUUUGUGGCAACCCUAUAUUGGCAGCACACUUGACUUUUGGUGUCUGCUUCCUUUUCACUGUGCCUCUGAAUACCAAGAAAUAGUAUUUUGCCCUCCCCACAGUACUGCUAAAGAUGUUUAGGUAGAAGACCAUAGAUUAAUUCUUGUUUUCUUGAUUAAAUCAAUAGUGUUAUGCCGGACUUGGAUGUCCAUGUUUUUUCCGUUUCCCACCCCUCAUCCAUUUGCAUUAAUAAAGCAGCACUUCACAGUAAGGUUAGUUUUUGUUUGCUUCUGCCUCGUAGCAGUUCCAGGGUCUUGAGUUUCAAGCAGAGUGUUGCUUGCUUUGAACAUCUGUUCUUUUCUACAUACAAAAUUAGUGUUUUGCCGACACUAUUUUACCUGCAUCUACAACCCGAAACAUUGCUGCAUUUCAACAUGAACUCAUGAAUGGAGUAUUGUUCGUUUUAACUCAAUAGGAAAGCUGUCUCUGCUGUUGGACAUGUAAAUAUUGCACCUCACUCGAGCACUUCUGUGUUACUGGACCAUGAUAGGAUAUUGCCCUACUUAGAAAUGUGUUAUGGAUAAAACACUAAAAAUUACGGAGCUCUUUAAAUUCCAAAUCCAGCUUUCUGUUGAGAAGGGGACUACAAGGGAGGGGGGGGGGAGGGGUCUCUGGGGUAUGUUGCCAUGAUAGCAGGAUGUUUCCUAUUUAUUAGAAUGAAUUUGUGAAUGCUGAUUAAGUGGAUUUUUAACCCUUUAAAUUUCUUCCACUUCUUUCCUAUUUCCCAUUUACAAAUCAAAUCUGUGAUGAUGAUGAUUUAUUUGAUAACCACUUAAUAAACUGAUGGCUUUGCUUGGUGUGCUGUCCAUCGACUCCUAUUCCGUAUAUAUUAUAUAUUUUUUGCAUUUGUUCUCCCUUCUAGAAGAGAGAACAGUGUUUAAAUAAAAUCAAAUCUGGGAAAGCUUAA